GGUAGUUUAUCGACCAGGAUACGAAUCUCAAAAGGUUCAGUAGUCGCGGGACCACCACCCCGUCAAAACGGUUUCACUGAGCGUGCUUUACGGGCUUUACGGUGCUCUCAUUUCCUCCCACCCCUUCGUCGCCGCUCUUGCUCCGCUUCUCUCGUCUCCUCGUCACCUAGCGCUCGCGGUUUUUCCUUUCGUCGCUCUCCACCCUCGAUAUUUCCCGAAGUGCAGCGGCCGUGGUGAAACAGGACAGGAGGCCAGGCGGCUCCACAUUCUCUCACGUUUCAGCGGGACCUCCAGCUAACCAGCAGGAUGAUUACGGCGUUACCGGUGCCCACGGUGAAGGUCUUCCACAAAACGUAUUACCAGGAGAAGAACUCGAGAGCGGGCAACAGCCAGCCGGGGAGUCCAUUGGCCGAGAGCGAGGCGGUGCUGGCUAUGAUAGACAAGGAGCCACCGGAGUAUUACUUCUGUGGAAAGGUGAACUCGCUGUACGUCGUCGUCGGCUCGCUGCUGUUGGGAGCGGUGGUGCUGGUAGUCGGCCUGGUGCAGCUCGCGCCGGGCGCCGAGGCCGCUCAGAACUCCGCGGCCUUGAUCGCCACUGGCAGUGGCCUCCUGGUGAUCGGGGUGUUCCUCGCGCCUCUGAGGGCCGUCUGUAUUAGGAGACAGAGCGCCGCGCACAAAGACGGCACUCAUCAACGGAGCGUCACCAGUAUAGACAUGCUUCUGGCACAGCACAGGGACUUCACGGUCCUGACGCCGGACGAGCUCGAGGACCUGGUGGGCCGGCCGACGUCCAACGCGGAGAACAAGCAGCCUCACAAGCAGGGCCACAACACCUAGGUAUCGUCUGCCUCGAGGAAGGCACCGCCUUCGUCGCCACCAUGCUCGAGUACGCUACCACCAUUGUCCAACACAUCGCUAGGACCAAGUUCCUCCAUUCUGUACACGCAUCGCUACGACUCGCGCGAGCAUAGUUUGGUUUAAUCGAUGUGCACUCGUCAUUUUCGCGAAUGGCAAUGGCAUUCGACGCACUUUGUAAAACGACGCACCGCAGCCGAGGACGAGAGGCCGGGCGAGAUCGUUUUGUCGAGGGCGCGCAUCACACAUCGCGUCAUCAUCGCGCGCCCCUCGCUGCUUCUCGAUCGGGCUCGGAGGUAGGCGCAAUUCGUCGACGUGAGAAAGUAUAGCCGAUCAACGCCGAUGUAGAUCUUCGCAUCAUCAUCAUUCCAUCCAUCCCUCGUCGGGCCAAUCGCCCACAGUCCAAUCACACCGCUUCUGCGACUCGGUCUCUCUCCGAGAUAUUCGCCCGCUCGCCCGAGAAACGACCGGGUGCACUUCUUGACUUGAACACUCGACGGCUUUUUCGCGUUCCUCGCGCAUUACGGAACGUCAUGAACAAGGGGACCUAAACGAUCUUUCAUUUAGCGCGCUGCUCCUCUCGAUCGCGAUAGCUUCGCGAUGCCGGCCGCGACCUUUCGAAUCGAGUCGCGGCGAUGCACGCGCAAUUUUGCACCGUGCUGCCGUCAGAGAUCUGCAAUAUGACCCCGCGGUGUCCGAAUGUGAGUCCUAGUUAAUGUCGCUUUCGCACUAACGGCGACACGCGCACGGAAAACGGAGACGAAGGUGUCGGUUUCUCACGGAAAAACACGCGCGCCGGCAACGCGAGGCGCUUUCGCAACGCAGAGCGAGUGACAAGAAGCAUCAAACACACACAUACACACACACACACACACACACAAACAUACACACAGCGCACUCGAAUAAAUCUAUUUGUGUUCCGACGAGAGCGUUGCGACGAGAUAUACAUGCGAACGAGAGAUACACGUACUCUCGUGGGAACACCUCAACGAGACGGGACGUGAGUUUUUGAGCGAGAGGAGACGCAAGUUUAAGGCGCUUUUCUUACUCUUUAUCUUUCACCGUAAGCUUAGGCGGCUCCAGUUUGGACCGAAUUUAUAGCUGUGAGAGCCUAUGGACAAUCAACGCGACACACGGCCGCUCGAAAAAUGUCACGGUAGUCCUGGUGGAAUUCCAAAUGUCACAGUUAAAAUUUAUCGCUGUUUUUGGUAUUUGCUGGGAAAUUCUCUGCGGUACGCAUAGAAUUUAUUACAGCCGGAAACACUAGCAAUAUCUGCCAGCAAAUUCAAGCGGAUGUGAGGAUUACAUAUUCGUUUGUCUCUCGUCGCUGGUUGCUUUCUUUCUGCUAUACAGUCACUUGUAUAAAAAGUGUGACUAGUCUUGAUCUGGAUGGACGCCACAGAGAGACUUUCUCGCGCUAAAAUUUGCGAAUAGUUCAAAUUCCGUCUCCCUGUCGUCUGUCUAUCGUUUAAAUACAAAACAUGCGUGAUAUCGUAAUAUUUGCGAUAGUCACUUAUAUAUUCAUCUCAGUUGAUUUUGCAUAUCCAGACAAUUUUCACCGUGACUACGAGACUAUUUUCGAGUGGCGCGGCUGUGAAGCCUCGACUUGACCCCCCGAAAGCUGUCACACCCUUAAAUGCGGUCCCACGAGUCUUAGGAAAAUUUUUCGAAAUCGAAACGCGAAGACACGCGGAGACACGACGUUCACGCGAUGUCGUGGUUCUCCGACCACGCCAAUCGGACUUUCUCAAUCGGUCAGUGUCUUCGUUAUCCUUUUCCCUCUCUCGCUGAAGCGGGAACUAUUGUACAAGCGCGUGCGAAAUGGUUCUAUAAAUACGUACAUAUAAAUCAGGGAUCAGAUGCGUCUUUGAGAAGCGCGCUUUGUCGCGUUCGAUUCACUUCUACACAUACGCAAACAUAACACACACACACAUAUACAUACGCAUUUCUUACAUGAAUGAUCGCUUGUGCGCGUUGCAUUUCGGUUUGAACGUCUUUCAAGAAUUAGACGAGACGAGAUGAGAUGAGAUCUGUCUGUCUCUCUCGCUUUCUUCGCGAUGCACUCUCGGUCCUCUCGCGACCGAGACGUGCAUCUCGAGGACAAGGCGAAGUUGUACGCGACUUCGCGUUCCCGUUGUCCAGUAUCGUUGAAAUUUUGUCGACGAGUAUGCUCGCGUCCAGCGAAUUCCCCGCAGGGUACAUCCGCGAGAACACCAUUGUUUGUCACAAGGACUCGACGACGUUGCUUUCUCAAAGACUAAAUUGUGUUCAAAUUACGGACAAGUGCGUGUGUCCGGGUCGGCGGAGACUCUAUCAGGCGAAUUGAGCUCUCGGUAUUUCGAGUCACUUACGCAGAAAUGCAAUUCGCGCGCGUUUAGACGUGUACAGAAAGUUGCGACGGGGAGCUCUCGGGGGGAAACCUCCCCCGAAAUUCGUUUCUCGCGCUGAGGAUGAGGGUAGAAACAGCGACAGUAAGGAGUCACGCGCGAACAGAGAGAAAAAGAAGAUACUCUGAGUCUCGCGUUAUGCUACUUCGUUGAACUUAUUACUUCGUUGAAUUUUUCGAGAAAUUCUCGCGCGCUUAUCGCGCGAGCAGUGAUAUCGAUAAGACGGCGCGACGAUGCGUCCCACGAAAGUAACGCGCGAUACACAUACACAGCCCCAUCGAUCAGGCCAGGUAUGAUCAGUGGCAAAAAAGUUACAGUGCCUCUCACCCCGAUGAGCUUUGAGAGGCGCAUCCAGUGGAAUGCAUCUUGAAUAGGAAUUGCACGCUCUGGAACUAAUAGGGGAAUUUAUCAAAAAAUAUACGUAGGCUCUCUCUGAGAUUCAAAAUCAAAGGUCACAAGUUAAAGGCCGAUGAGAGCCAUGUCGCGCGCCAUAUGUUUCGAUGCGAAUAUUUUAUUACUUAGAAAAAUUAUAGGGAACAAAAUUAGAAUUAAAAUUCAGAAUUAAAAUUAACAAACGUCUCGGCUCCUACUUUGAGCCCUUCUGAGAAUUUUCCUUCUGAGAAUCACGGGGAAAACAAAUUUUCCCAACGGACACGCGAAACUCAGUGCAAAAAAAGUGAGCAAAAAAUGUCGGAAUCUUGCGUGUCGUAAAGUACAAUUAAAAUUAGCGAACGUCUCGGCCCUUACUUUGGGCCCUUCCGAUAGGAAAAUUUGUCUUCUGAAAAUGACGGAAAAAACAGAUUUUCCCACUGCGCAUGGAUGCAUUGCGAAACUCAUUGCAGAAAAAAAAAAAAAAACAAACAAUGUCGCGAUCUUUUGUGCCACUGACGGUACAAUGCCGAGACACCUCGUUAAAGGGCAAGGGAGGGAAUUACACACAACGCACAUGUGUGCCGGAGAGAAAGAGAGAGAGAUUGGACGAGUAACGAACCUCACGCGCAACAAAACACGCCGAGAGAUCAAUAAAAUAAUGCUUAUAUAGAGUGGCGUGGCGAAAAGUGGGAAUCAGCGGCGCGGGACGACGAGCCGCUUACGGGGAGGUCCUUCCUUAUAGCGGAGAGAUUCGAGCGUUCUAGCACGAUUAGGCUGCCUCUCUCCCUCUCCCGCUCCCACCCUCCCAAUCGCCCUCACCUUCGCGAAACUGUAAGUGCAAGUCUAAUUUUAUACACGGUGCAAAUGUGAAGGCCUCCUUGUGAAGAGAUUUUCGCAUCGGGGGCGGCGAGCGCGUAACGGCGAGUGAGAAAGAAGUCGCUGAUCUGCCACUUUUCGCGAGACCGACGUGUAUGCAAAUCGUAUGUAGGAUAUUUUAGGGAUAAAUAUCGGAUGUGUGCUAGUCUUACACCGAUCGUUUAACGAGACGUUUAACUUUCUAAUGAAUCUCCUUAAUUUCGACGCAGCGUCUGUCUUUGUUUCUCUCUCAAGUUAGACAAAGAUAGACAUAUGAUUUAACUAUUAGUUAAGCGGGAUCUACAAUGCGAACUUAAGUCAUAAAAGUUAAGCUGUAAGAAAUUGAGAUCAAUCACAAUAAAAUAUAAGGAAAAUAAUCGACUGUGAUUGAUCAAUUUCUAACGGCUUCAGGCUUAAAGCUUAAGUUUUAUGGCUUCUCAUUGUAGAUCCCGCUGUAGCUUACCAAGAGGUUGGAACAAUCAAUCCUUAGUGUAAUCUUAUUGUUUGGUGCGCUAGUUAAACGAUCGGCGUAAACGAGACCUAUACCGGAAUCGACGUGUUCUCGUUAGGAAGAUAAGCGAUAGAGAGACUUAACAUUACAUUCGCGACGGCGACGGUGGUGAAUAAAAUUCUUUCCGUUCUCUUGUGCUUUUCUGUUUUCCAAUCCGUCGUCGCCUGGAUCCCCGUUUGAGGAGCGACAUUCGCUUGUUUCGCGCGGUUCAAACACGUCGGAUGGGGUGAUCGCGAGGUUCUCGAGGAAUCAGGGUUCGCGUGAGAAGGAAAUCAACCGCCUAACGUAGACAUAAUAAAUCAAAACGUUAGAAGACUAAUUAAUAAGUAUAAUUCGCGUCGCUUCAUCGUUUCCCUAGACUCACGCGCCGGUAGGAGGGUCCGUCGUGUUUUUAGGUUCAUCCUUAGUUGACACCACGAACUGUAUGAGACAUUGUUACAUCGCGAAACGGUCAGAUCCGCACGACGAAAACGGAAGAGAAAGGGAACGAUGCCGCCAGAGAGAUCCUAAUCCAUCUAGGCAUAGGCAGACGCACACGCAUACACACACAUACGCACACACAUGCGGUUUGCGAGCGGUGCGAGGUUGCUUUUUCAUAAAGCGAAGCGAGAAAAAUUGCAGAAGCUUUCAGAAAAAGUAACAGCCAGAAGAGGCUCCUCGUAUGACGGAUAUCACGUAGAAACAUUUAUUUCUAGCGAGCCAGCAGCUUUGAAAGAAACACAUAUCUGUCGGUUAUGAGUAGAGAUAUAUUUUUAUCGUCAUUAGUGAGGUACACAGUCGUGGAAGGGAGAGGAUUUUAGCAAUUAAGCGCGCGGAUGUGGAGGAGACGAGCAGAACAACUGUCCAUAUUUUGCAUAAUUAAAGAGAAAAGCUUGCAUCUGUCUCGUGUAAGAUUCUUCUGCAGGAUGCUCGCGCCCUGUGUUGUACACGAAUGAUUUCGGAUGUGUGAGCGCAAAAAAGAGCGAGUGCGACGAUCGCCGUUAGCGAUGAGGAAUGUGAGAGUGUGUGAGAGAGAGAGAGAGAGAGAGAGAGAGAGAGAGAGAGAGAGAGAGAGAGAGAAAGAAAGAGAGAAAGAGCGCAAGCCGAUAUUUUCGAGGUAUGUUGUAUUCUCUGAUUCGAUUGAAUUCGCUAUUUUCGUUCACGUCACUCGCAAGGGAUUUUCGCGCGCGAGCGCGCCAACUCCUCGUCAUGGGACGCGGGUUCGCGAACGGAUCGGCGCGGUUCGAUCGGCCGGGAUUGUGAUUGUUCGCCGCGAUUGUAGGAUUUAUUAUGACGCGACGCAACUCGAUAUAUGGCAACGGUGCAACGGGGAAGCGAGACGGCGAACGGACGGCGACAGAACGCGAUCGCGAGGGGAGAAAUCCUCCCGGGGAAGAAGAACGGCGAGAGAACCUACGACGAUUCCCCGUUGCACGGGGAGAGAAGCUGGACGUAAUUUUAAGGGAUUCAACGCACAGAAUUAGCCGUAAGCAUUUUUAUAAUGGUGUUCUAUGUAUAUUGAUAUUACUACUACUACUAUUAUUAUAAUUACCAUUACAACUACUAUUAUACUACUAUACUAUUACUGUACUACUACUAUUACUAUUACUACUACUACAACUACUACUAUUACUAUUAUUAUCACUAAUUACUAUUCAUGAAAUAGCCCGUUGUACUUGUGAUCUGGCCGCGACGAUGCCGGCAGAAGUGUUCUUCGUACAUGUUGAAGUCAUCAUCCAUAGGACUGGAUAGCGUUACUAUGCCUAGCCUUGUACAUAAGAAAGUUUGUAAACGCGGAGAAAUACGGGUCGGAGGAGGCGAGGGCGGAGCAGGAGGAGAGGGGAAGGAGAAAGAGAUAACGUGUCGGCGCCUACCUCCGGCGAGACUUGCCGAUUUUUUUCAUUACGCGGAGCGGAUUGCAGCUCGCCGCGCGUAAUUCCAAAAGAUGCAUAUCGUACGAGGAUUUUCGUAGAGACACACACUCGUCAGCUGUGAUUGCAGCAUUUUUGUAGAUUUAUUACAUUUUAUAAACGACCGUUGCGCUAACUACGUAUUAUCGUAUUAUCGGUAUCUCUCUUUAAAGUAGCGUUCACACAAAACAAAAGAAAUACACACACACACACACACACAUGUACACCCACUCACAACACUCGCUACAUUCAGAAUCGUUCUAAACUUAGACUAUCUCUAUGCAUUAUUCUUACAAUCGUCCGCUUAAAUCGACGACAUUCGAUCGGUAUGUAAGUAUCAAUUGGUAAUGACAAUUGGUCGCGAUCAAUGGGUGGUAAGCGCUCUCGGGAUCUCGACGUGCACGGGCGCCGUGAUUGAGCUGAGCCGAGCGCACGAAACAUUUCGCGGUCGCUUCAACAAAUUCAAUCGUUCUCCCAUUACCUCCACAGUUGAGUUACCCCCAAAAGAGAGUUAUCCUUGAAUUUGCAUCGUGUGUGCACGACACACGAGCCGAAAUGCUGCAAGCACAACUUAAUUUACGUCACAACGGACAUGUCUGUACGCCGCGUGAUGCGCAACGGCAUUACUUGAUAUUACGAUGUAUUAGGUACAUAUAAUCGAGAAAGUUCUACCGGUAAGCUUACAAUUAAAAGUCGUAGCGUACAUAAAUUUAUAGAUAAGGAAUGCUGUAUCGCGAGGAGUUCGCGAUGACGCGGCCAUCAUUGUUGAGGCUGGUCACAUUAUCGAGGUGAAUGAGCGUAACGUUGGGUUUACAUUCGACACUUAUCUCACCUGUGACAACCCCCCUCUCUCGCGCGUAUUGUGCGCAUCGAAAUUACCAUUUCAACGGUGACGAUUGUUAUUGGGUACACCGACGCGCGCACCGACGUAUGUCGUAAUAUAUUCGGGAGAUACAGGCUUCCGGGUGAAAAGCGCCCGGAUCCUUCUAUCACUGCCAAAGGUUAAUUAUAACGCGAGACACGUGACGGACGUUGAAGCGAACCGCGGGGAAGUUUCGGAAGCUAAGCGCAGAAGCUGCACGUUAGACCUCAACAAUAUGUUCCGCCAUUGUGAACAUGCCGGAGACAUUCUCUCAGUAACACAGCUAUUACAUAUUACAGAAUAUUUUAUCGGGAACAUUCUGACUUGCUUAAAGGUUGCGUUGAUCCGUAUAUUUUGUAAGCAAAGAUUAUCGAUAGCAGUUAAUAAAUAUUACUAAUACGAUACUUUA